AUUCGAAGUCAGUGUUGAAAUUAUUAGCAGUAGGGAUGAAUGGAAGACAUACAAAGCGAUGACAGCUGACCCUAAGUGAUUGUGAACCACGGAACAUAAUUGUGAGAAAGGAAGUGCCACAAAAAGGUCACAAUACUCAAGUCAAGUCUCACAACUAACUUAUUUGUUGUUUGAUUUUUGUCAGUCUAUUCCGUAAAAUUGAACGUCAAUUGUUUGCAAACACAACGGCAUAUGAAAAACUACGUUAUAACUGAUUAAAAAACUAUAAAAUUUUAGAUUCUUUAAAUUGAUAAUUUUGAAAGGAGCGUGUAUUCAAUAGAGGGACAGUAAUAAAACUAGCCAAAGUAAAGAUUGUCGUUUACUUUGAAUGGGAUUAAGUGCCACUUCCUUUCACAGUCUUUAUUCCUUGUUAGCAACAGGCCCGGCCGGGCCAACCCUAAAUUGUGGGGAGAGUACAAGGGGAUAAAAGACAAUGUAAAACAUGUUCAAUGCCAUGAUUACCGUUAAUAAUGCUGUUCACCUUCGUCAAGGCUAGAAUGAACACCAAGGGUCUUGAGAUGACGAGUUCUCGACAGUGCAGGCUCCACUUAAUCUUGUACCAGAAGGCCGCGGGUGAGUUUAAGAAAGAUUUCAUUUUCAAAAUACUUUGAAAAGAUUUACGUUCGGAUAUUUUUUCAGGGAAAUUUCAGAUUUCAUAUCCGUGUGUAGUCAGUGUGGUAAGGAGGAAAAUUUGUGUGACGUCGACGCAGCGCGCAUGCGAGGUUCCAUCGAUCCCUUGCGAACGAGAGCCCGACCCCGCCGGCUGCUUCGAAGCCUUCUCUGUUGACCUCCGAGUACAUUAAAACCGUCAAAAUUCCGGACGUAGAGAGCAUGAACAAGAUGUUCCGGUGCAACCGGCGCGUCGAUACUUUAAAGUAUUUCGUGCGCCGGAUGUCGCAGUACCCGCCGAGCAUGCAGAUCAAGACGCUCAACCUGGAGCAGGCUACGGCCCGCGAUCUGAUGGACGAGGUGAUCCGCAUCGCUGUGGUGGACUUCAAGGUGCUAAGCGCCAAGCUCGCUAAGGUGCCGCUGACUGUGGAGGACCGCGCUCACCUGGACUAUCUGAUGGCUAAGCAUGCCAUUGAAUCGGUGCUUGCCGACAAGUACCUGGACCGCUUGGAGCAGAUGCUGCCGAACAUCCCGCCGGGCCGGCUGCAGCGCGUGCUGCGCCGUCGCGAGGUUGCCAUCUAUCGGAAGUACAAGAUUCCGAUCCGUCACGUCAAGACCUUCAAGAAGUUAGGGUUGUCGAUUUUUCAGGGCAUGCAGUCAUCAUACGCCAUGAACGGACAGAUAAAACGAUAUCUUACCCAGCAAAAUAGACUUGCAACAGCUUAAAUGUAAAGAAUUCGAUGCAGUGCCAGAAUAACAAAGUCACUUUUGCCAAAAUGUAUUAAGUAGGACACCCCGACCCGACUUGUAUCGCUCAAUUUCUUUUAAGACUUAGUUUUGUAUAAUUGAUUGCAUAAAACCUGCUUUAAGAAGCAGUCUGCUUUGGCUACUAAUUGUAAGACUGAUUUGCUUUUGUGAACUCGAUUUGUUUGUGAUUGUAUGCUAGGCCAGCUUACCAACCGUCGGUUGACGCACCUGGGUGACGAGAUAUCUCUUUGGCCCUCAGUUGAGCAAGUAGAGAUCGGUUACAUGUCAUCGUCCGUGGUAGCAGUAAUCUGAUCUUUCAGGAAUAUCCUGAUCCCACGGAACUUUAUAUUGAAUGUCUAUAUAAUAUCGUGUAGUAGUUAGUCGCCCGCCCAAAUGUGGGCUGCAGGGUCAGCAGAUUCUGUCUUUUACGCCCUUUAAACAGGGCUCAUUUAUGUAUUACGUAGUAACUUAGAAUUAUGUCACAUAUAGUGACGUGAAUAUCUUGAUGCAAACAUUAAUGACUUAUUGCGAUUAUAACAUUAAACUUAUUGGUGUAUCUCAA